AUGUUUCAACUUGCUAUAUGGUAUGAUAAAAUACCAGGUAAUACCGUAGUAUGGUAUCCAAACGUUACAAAUCCUAUUUCACGGGAUUCCAGGGUGGAGAUUGAUGCACAAAGUGGGCUGGUGCUUCGUGAUCCUCAAGGCCGCCUUCUAUGGAGUACUGACAAUAUUGUCGAUGAUGUUUCCCAUGGUUUUAUGAAUGAUACAGGAAAUUUCGUUUUAGUGCGCAGUGAUUCUGUUUGGAUAUGGGAAAGUUUCACAGAACCAAGUGAUACAGUGCUGCCAACACAAAUAAUUGCGAUUAAUGGUAUGCUUGUUUCGCGAAAGUCUGAAACGAAUUUCACUCGAGGCAGAUUUUAUCUUAGCAUGCUUAGCGGUGGGAAUUUAGUGCUUAAUACUCGAAGUGUGCCGACGAAUUCGGAUUUUGAUGAUGAGUAUUACAACAGUCAAACUUCUGAUCCUGCAAAUGCAUCGAAUUCUGGUUAUCAAUUGGUCUUCAGUGAAAGGGGUUCGCUUUAUGUAUUGAGGAGAAAUGGAGAACAAAAUGCCCUAACGACGAAGCGCUCAAUUCCGACGACUUCGGAUCAUUAUUUUAGGGCGACUCUAGAUUUUGAUGGAGUUUUCAGACAAUAUUAUUAUCCAAAGAGUUUCAGUGGCGAUCGAGGGUGGACUGUUGCUGAAUAUUGGCCACAAAACAUAUGUACAGAAAUCGAUGGAGAUAAGGGCAGUGGGGCUUGUGGGUAUAACAGUGUCUGCAGACUCGAAAAUGGAAGGCCAAUUUGCGAAUGUCCUCAAGGUUAUUUUCUCUCGGACCCAAGCAACUUGUUUAGUGAUUGCAAUCCCCCGUUUAUUCCAAUCUGUGGUGAAGAUGGGAUCUUCAAAGAAUUUGCUUUGAUCAUGCACUUAAAAAUGAAGCUAAGUUUGGUAAGGGGUUUCGUAAGCCCAAGUGUCAGAGUUCAACUUUGUAAGAGUCGCACCCUCACUAAUAUCAGAGGUACAAAAGGCUAUGUUGCUCCCGAAUGGUUUAGAAACACUCAAGUCACCGCAAAAGUUGAUGUUUAUAGCUUCGGUGUUUUACUGCUAGAGAUCAUUACAUGCAGAAGAUGCCUGAUAGAUUUGGAAUUUGGAGAUGGAGAAAAUCCAAUUCUUACCGAUUGGGUUUGGGACUGCUUUCAGGAAGGCAGGGUAGAGACGUUGGUUGGAAGUGAUACCGAAGCUUUAAUCGACAAGAAAAGACUAGAAAGGUUUGUGAUGGUUGGCAUUUGGUGCAUUCAAGAAGAUUCAUCUCUGAGGCCAACCAUGAGAAAAGUCAGCCAAAUGCUUGAGGGAAUUCUCGAAGUUAAUAUUCCCCCUUGCCCAGAUCCUUUCGCUUCAACUGGUUAA